UCGCCCACCUCCAGCUCCGGCAGCUCCUCGCGGGGCACCGAGCGGCCUCGCUCGCUCAAGCGGGGCUCCAAGCCCUCGGCGUCCUCCGCGUCGCUGGAGAAGCGCAUGAAGAUGGCGUCCCAGAGCAUCACCCAGCGCUUCCGGCUGUCCCGGGACAAGAAGGUGGCCAAGUCGCUGGCCGUCAUCGUGAGCAUCUUCGGGCUCUGCUGGGCCCCGUACACACUCUUGAUGAUCAUCCGGGCCGCCUGCCACGGCCACUGCGUCCCUGACUACUGGUACGAGACGUCCUUCUGGCUGCUGUGGGCCAACUCGGCCGUCAACCCCGUCCUGUACCCGCUGUGCCACUACAGUUUCCGCCGAGCCUUCACCAAGCUGCUCUGCCCCCAGAAGCUCAAGAUCCAGCCGCACAGCUCCCUGGAGCACUGCUGGAAGUGA